UUGAGUUGCAAUUUUCAGUCAUUGGUGAGCAGCUGAAAGUAACACUUCGUAACUUCAAAAUGAAGCUACUCCCUUGGUUUCUACUAAUAUGUGUCUUAAGUGAACUUUGCCUUGGGGAAAAAGAACCCAUAUGUAGAUCUGAGCCGAAUGUUGCCGGCGAUUGCAAACAGCAAAUUAAAGGGUAUACCUAUGAAGUCCGAACGAAUAGGUGCAAGAAGUUCAGGGUGAAGGCCUGCAAGGUAACUGGAAACAUUUUCCGCAGCAAGGAUGCGUGCAAUGCGAAGUGCAAGGACUCCAGGAAACCUGAAGAAAACGGAUUGUUUGGAUUCUGGAGUCAAGUCUGGUCGCAGUUUCUGCAGAUGUUUUCAUGCUUUAUGAAUUCCGCUAGAUUUUGAGACUUUUGCUGAUGUACCAAUAAAUUACAUUGAAAA